AUGGAGGCGCAGAAGAGGCAGAGCAGCGUGGAGCUAAUCUGCACGGAGAGGCCCGGGUGGGACCCCCUCGAGGGUGCAGAUCACAGAUACAGCCACGAGGACAGGAAAGAGCUCCUGCUGAGGGAGCUGCACAACAUGAAAAGGAAUCUAUUCGACAAUUCGCCCUUCUCAAAUUAUAUCCACUUUUACGAAAUAUAUAACAACUUGAAAUGUAUAGUGAAGUAUGAGAAGGAAGCGCCAAAGGGGACCUGGCUUCUACACCCGAUUGGGGGAAAAAAAAUGUACAUUCUCUACCUUGUAUAUAUUCUCUUUUUAUUGCUAAGCAUAUGCCUCUUAUUUCGCCUGCAGACAGUUCUUAGCUUUCCCUGGGCGUCCAACACACAUUAUUACCCGUACGAAAUUCACUUCCAUGUUUUCUCGACGUUUUCUGUUCUGGCGUAUUGCCUGCUAAAUUUAUAUAUCAUUUUCUUUACCUACAAAACGUUCCUUCACCAUGUGGAUGUCAUGUGUCUGAUCAUCCUGCAAAUGUUGUACAAUGUAUAUAUUCGAGAGAAAAACAAAGAAAUUUAUCGGAACACGGAAAUCCUCAUUGAGGGGUGUAAAACGAUGUUUAGCCAUUUGGACAAAAAAUUUGACAACAUGGUGCUACUCCACGCUGAUGAAAUUUUCAACAAAUUUACAAACAUCUUCAAGUACAUAAGUAGGGAAAGCGACACAAGAGGGGGAAAAAUCAGCACGCCGAGGAAAUGUGCAGAGCUCUUCAUGGAAAUUGGGCACCGGAGGGAGAAGACGGGAAAGGCAGAAAGGGCGGAGAGAGCGAAGAGGGCGAGGGGGACUCCGAAUAAGCCCACCUCUGAUAAGCAACCAUGGGAGAGCAACCGCCUCUGCAGCAAUCCGCACACAGAUAAAGACGCCGCGUUGGCCCCUACAAAGCGUGCAGUCUCCGUAAUUAUAAAUAACGCCGAUCUAUACGAAGAGUUAAAUAGCCACCCCGGGGAAGACAUCCACAAUUACCACUGUGUGCAAAUGGACAGAAAAAAUAUUUUCAACAUUUUUGGGAACUCGAUUUAUUCAAACAUUUACAACAUAAGCAACUACAUGAAGCGUAAUCACAACUACAUCCAUUCAUUAAUGAUCCAAAAAUGCAGCGAUAAAAUCAAUUACAUUAAGUACUUUUUUUUCUUCAUUCCCUAUGUUAUUAAUUUGUGUGUAAAUUUACUUAUAAGUUUUUACAUCCUUUUCUCUGUGUAUUACUAUAACAAUGCCGUUCCUUUGGUCCCACCUUAUGAGCUAGCCAGAAUGCACAUUUUAAAUUUGCGAAAUUAUAAAGGGAUAUACUACAUCCUGUUCAUAUUCUUGUUCAAUUUUUUUUUUUUCUUGUAUGCUCUCUUCCUUUCCAAGUUAAAUAUCAUUCACGUCUUCCUCAAUCAGAUUUACAAGAAUUGCAAAUAUGAGUCCAUUUACUACUGCGAGCAUGUCAUGAAUGAGAUUUACGAAAAUUGCAUUUUUCCCCACAUUGUACAGAUGGUACUGUACAGAAAGGGCGCCAACAGGGAGGGCCGUGAAGGGACCAAAGGACUCGCCCUGUUGGAGAAAGCGCCUGACCAGGCAAGGUGGAAAGGUCUAUCCCCAGACGACUGUCCAGAUUACCAUAUCGUGGUGAGUAACCCAGGCGAAGCUUCGAACGAUGUUGGUCACACCCUCCACAGGAACAACCCGAAUGCCCACAGGAACAAAUCGCACGACAUUGACUUCCGAACUUGUCAAGAGGUAGAUUCCUUUUUUGGUAACAAGGAUUCCCACCGAGAGCAUGACAUCUCCGAGUGCAUUAAGUAUUUCAGCAUGAGUUAG